UUGACAAUUGAGUUUCACCCAAUUGUAAAAGAAACGCUCGAUCCAAACUUACAACUGGAGCUAACUGCGCAUAUAUAUGCCGACUCUGAGUCCGCCAGGGCUGCUAUGAGAAUUGCGGACAACAUAACGAUAAAAGAUGGUAUAGAUGCAUAA